UGGUCAACUAACCAUUACCUUAAACUUCCCAAAUGCCUGUCGUUGUUUUUUACCCUUUCCGUGUGGAAGUGUUUGCGUUGAAAAUAUUUGCAAGAUCUUCAAAUUCUAUCUCAUGUGUUUAGCAGAUGGCAUGCAACUAAUCCAUUACAAUCAUAACUAAAUAUUUUCUCUUCAUGUAUGAUCAAAUGACUCUACUUACAGCUCUUACAAUACAGCUAAUCCUUACUGUUGGAGGUUUAAAUAACCACACCAUCACAACUAAUCCACUUUACUGUCGUACUGAGAGAUCUCUUGGUGCAUAUUUGUCUUUGGCGCGUUAUCACGAUGACACUUGUGCUCGUUGUUACCACUAUAUGCCAAGGUGGGCCUUCGUGAACAACACAAAACCUUUUCGUUACCUAGGGAUAAUUGGUCAACUCUACGAGCCUUUUGCCAAAGUUUUAUUUCAUCCACAACCAAGGAAUCGUUCUCAUCCAAUCUUUGCUACUUUCAAAUCCAGCCGGUAUGUCGACUUAUGGCUGUCCUGUUGUAAAGCCGCAGUAGAAUGCUGUCAUACAAUGUUAUCUACGCCUGAAUGGCAAUCAGAUGUUCCUUACUGUCCACGAACUUGGGAUGGUUGGCAGUGUUGGCCGGAUACUCCUGCUGAUCAAAUGGCCUAUAUCCGCUGUCCUGACCAUAUUUAUUUUAAAAACGAACCGCCACAGUGCCCACGUUACGCCAUGAAAAUGUGUAGGCCAAACGGUACUUGGUUCGUUAGCAAGCAGUCAAAGGAAUGGACUGACUACAGCCACUGUGGAAUUGUUGAUUCACUACGUAAACGUCUGUACUUCCACAUCAUUACGUUUGCUGUGUCCAUAACCGCACUUGUUCCAGCUCUUGUUAUUUUUUUCAGUUACAAACAGCUCCAAGUCCACCGUGUCACCAUGCACAAGAACCUCUUUGUGUCUCUCUUGUUGAAUGGCGUGUUUGUUAUCAUCUUCAGAACUAUGGUAAUGACUGAAGAAUCUGACGAAAGAGGUGAUGGGCAAAACUUCUUUCAACAAAAUGGGCCUGGUUGUAAAGUCCUGUUUGUCACGACAAAAUACUUUCGUAUGACCUCCUACAUGUGGAUGUUCUGUGAGGGUUUCUAUCUACACAAGCUUAUUGUGGCUGCAUUUGCUGAGCAGAAAAGCUUGGUUUCCUUCUACGUUAUUGGUUGGGGGUUUCCCAUAAUACCAGUAGGCAUAUAUGCUAUCCUUCGAAAGACUCUGAAAGACGAAAGGUGUUGGGUGAUUCCGAUGGAAACAUAUGAAUGGGUUAUGCACGGUCCUUACCUAGUCAGCUUGGCGCUUAAUUUAGCAUUCCUGUGUAAUAUAAUACGAGGACUGGUCACGAAGAUUAGAGCGACCCAUCCGAACGAACCCAGCCAAUACAGAAAAGCAGUCCGUGCUACGUUAGUUCUAGUUCCUUUGUUUGGAGUCCACUUUUUCUUGGAUAAGUAUAGACCGUCACCUGGAGGUUGCGGCUGGAUGGACGUCUAUAUUUAUUUCAACUUUGCUAUUGAUGGUUUACAGGGAUUUGUUGUGGCUUUGAUUUUCUGUUACCUGAACGGAGAGGUAAUCUCGCUUCUCAAGAGGUCUUAUCAAAGGUACAAACUACGUCACAACAUACAAGGUAGUUUUUCCAGCAGCUUUAUGGGAGGACGACUGUCAACGUCCACACAUAUGUCGUCCCUUAAUGACUCGGCGUCUCUGGGAAUCAGAUAUCCAUUAAGGCAUUUCACAAGAGACAGAAGUAACCUCCUGAGAGAAGAAAGCAAAACGACUGAGCUAAAAUAAAACCGACCGUUAUUUAACAGAAUUUUUAAAACUUUAGCAAAAUUUAGAUGACGACGCAAAUCUGUCAGUUACUCUGGAUUUGCAGUACACGCAUUACAUUAUUCUACUAACAAACUGUUCUGUGCAACAUUGCAUUGUAGUGACAAUGUAAUGAAAAGGAAAAGCAAACCAAAUUAUUUUCUGAGAAACUCGCAUGAACAAAACAACAACAUGUUAAAAGCGAAACUUCCACACACGACUAUAAUCGACUCCUUACAAUAUUUAAGUAUUCAAUAUGAAGUCUAUCUCACAAGGAUGUUUAGUAUUAUUACAUUCUAGUUUACUCAGUGUUUAGAACAGCUCUACUGCUCCCCGGUGGCUCAGCGUUAAGCCUGUGGGCUUAUAACGCUAAAAAAUCGGGCUUUGAUACUCGUGGUGGUCACAUCACAGCCAGCUAAUGGUGUGGCUUUAUGUUUAGCGAACAAAUUAACUAAACCUACUUCUUUCUUUCAAAUAACAACAAAAAAAGUUGGUGUUCAUGAUCAAAGCAUUUUUAAAUGUUCACAUUAUUCAACUGUCUAAUAUCGAAAACAAUUAAAGUUUCUGUAUCUAAGCGAUUUGUAAUUUCACAAAAAAAUUACUUGUG